AUGGUGCUCACACAGUCAAAGGUUCCAAGACGUCGUGUUGCCAUCGUGGGCGGUGGACUUGUCGGUACCCUUGCUGCACUUUAUUUUGCAAAACGUGACUGGAAUGUUGAUCUUUUUGAGCUUCGCAAAGCGUUAUCAUCAGACCCUAGGAUUACGGGAAAUCAAGAUAGAUUUUCACAAAAGUCGAUAAACCUAGCUUUGUCAGCUCGAGGACUAAGUGCAUUGGCAAAUACUGGCUUAAAUCUUGAUGAAAUUAUAUUAAAUUUCGUUAUCCCCAUGAAGGGGAGGAUGAUCCAUAUAGACAAAGGUGAGCUCAGGAGUCAACCAUACGGUAUCUUUGGAGAGUGUAUUUAUUCAGUAGGAAGGAAGGCACUUCUUGAAUUGCUUCUCAAUACUACAAAGAAAUUUACAAAUAUAAAGAUCUAUUUCCAACAUCGAAUGAAAACUUGUAACUUUGAUUCUGGAUCACUAGAAUUUGAGAACUGGGCAGAAGAAGUAAAAGUUCAGCACACCGCCGAUCUUAUUAUUGGUGCUGAUGGUGCUUAUUCAUCUGUUAGAUCUCAAUUGAUGCGUGUAGUUAAUAUGGAUUAUCAUCAAGAAUAUAUUACACAUGCAUAUUGCGAACUGACCAUUCCUCCGAUUAUCGAUGACAAAGGAGAUUCAAAAUUUGCCAUGGAUCCUAAUCACUUGCAUAUUUGGCCGAGACAUACUUUCAUGAUGAUUGCUUUACCAAAUUUGGACAAAUCAUUCACCUGCACUCUUUUCAUGCCAAAUAAAAGUUUUGAUGCUAUAAAAACAGAAAAUGAAUUGAUAAAUUUCUUUGAACUGUAUUUUCCGGAUUCCAUUCCUUUAAUAGGCGAACAACGACUUAAAGAAUAUUUUAGUAACCCAAGGGGAUCUUUGAUGUCUAUCAAGUGCAAACCUUAUCACUAUCGAAACAGAGCAAUAAUUAUAGGAGAUGCUGCUCAUUGCAUGGUGCCCUUUUAUGGACAGGGUAUGAAUUGCGGAUUUCAAGAUGUUGAGCUACUUGACAGCAUCCUUGAAAGAUUCAAUGUCACCGCCUAUAAUAAUGACUAUUUGGAUCUGGCAUUGGAGGAAUACACAAAAUUUCGUCAAGAAGAUACAAUGGCAAUUUGUGACUUGGCAAUGUAUAAUUAUGUUGAGAUGAGAUCUGAGGUAGUAAAUCCUUGGUAUUUAAUAAAGAGGAAGAUUGAAGGUUCAUUACAUUGGUUGUUUCCAACGAUAAUAAUACCAUUGUAUACAAUG